AGGAAAGGCACUGCCGGCCAGUCUGACUCCUCCGUCAAACUCCGUCCACUUUGAUCCACCACCAACACUAAAGCAGAGGUGAGAAGUUGGCUUUCUCUUCCAUUAAGCGGGUCUACUAUCACUCCAGCUGUGUGGGAAGCAGUAUCUUUAGUGAGGAUCCAAUUUCUUUUCCUGGGUGAAAGACAAGGAGGUUCAAGCUGGAUGAUCUCAGAGAGUUCAAGAUCACCGACUCGUGAGGUUCUCACACAGGAAGUGGACACCUGGAGCCGCUGGAUUUCAAAUGCAUCCAUUUCAUCAGCAUGAUGCCUAGCCACCAGAUCCAUCUGGAUUAGUCUGCAUGGAAAUCUCACAUGCCAAAACAUUCAACAACACUGAUGCUAGCUAGCUCUUGUCAUCAUGGUGAUGUUACUCCGUGCUAGGUGUUUUCAGCGCCUAGCAAUUCCUGAUCCUAUGAGAGUCUUGUAUAAAGAUUACAGAACAGCGACCCCUCAGAACUUUUCCAACUAUGAGUCCAUGAAACAAGACUUCAAAAUAGAGAUUCCAGAGUAUUUCAAUUUUGCAAAAGAUGUCCUGGACCAAUGGACCAAUAUGGAAAAGGCUGGAAAGAGACUUUCCAAUCCAGCCUUCUGGUGGAUAGAUGGGAAUGGAGAAGAGCUGAGAUGGAGUUUUGAAGAACUUGGGUUGUUAUCCAGGAAAUUUGCCAACAUACUCACAGAAGCCUGCUCCCUGCAAAGAGGAGACAGAGUAAUGGUGAUACUGCCCAAGAUCCCAGAGUGGUGGCUUGCAAAUGUGGCCUGUCUGCGAACAGGGACAGUUUUAAUUCCAGGAACCACUCAGCUGACCCAGAAAGACAUCCUCUAUAGACUACAAUCUUCAAAAGCUAAGUGCAUUAUUACCGAUGAUACUUUGGCCCCAGCAGUAGAUGCCGUGGCAGCUAAAUGUGAAAAUCUCCACUCCAAAUUAAUUGUGUCUCAGCACUCCAGAGAAGGCUGGGGGAACCUCAAGGAGAUGAUGAAAUAUGCCAGUGACAGCCACACUUGUGUGGACACAAAACACGACGAGAUGAUGGCCAUCUACUUCACCAGUGGGACAACUGGGCCUCCUAAGAUGAUUGGACACACCCACAGCAGCUUUGGUUUAGGAUUGUCUGUCAAUGGAAGGUUCUGGCUGGAUUUGAUAGCCUCCGAUGUGAUGUGGAAUACUUCAGAUACAGGCUGGGCAAAGUCUGCAUGGAGUAGUGUUUUUUCUCCAUGGACCCAAGGAGCAUGUGUUUUUGCACACUAUUUGCCCCGUUUUGAAUCAACUUCCAUCUUGCAAACCCUCUCCAAGUUCCCCAUCACUGUCUUCUGUUCUGCACCAACUGCCUACCGGAUGCUUGUUCAGAAUGACAUGAGCAGAAGCUAUAAGUUCAACAGUUUGAAGCACUGUGUCAGUGCUGGAGAACCUAUUAACCCUGAAGUGAUGGAACAAUGGAGAAAGAAGACGGGCCUAGACAUCUAUGAAGGAUAUGGACAGACAGAAACGGUGCUGAUCUGUGGAAAUUUCAAGGGGAUGAAAAUUAAGCCCGGCUCAAUGGGAAAGCCUUCUCCUGCUUUUGAUGUGAAGAUUUUAGAUGAAAAUGGUGCCACUCUUCCUCCUGGACAAGAAGGGGAUAUUGCUCUUCAAGUUCUUCCUGAGCGACCAUUUGGCCUUUUUACUCAUUAUGUAGAUAAUCCUUCCAAAACGGCUUCAACUCUACGAGGGAGUUUCUACAUUACUGGGGACAGAGGAUAUAUGGAUGAAGAUGGCUAUUUCUGGUUUGUUGCAAGAUCAGAUGAUAUCAUAUUAUCUUCUGGUUACCGAAUUGGACCAUUUGAGGUAGAAAGUGCCCUCAUAGAACAUCCUUCCAUCGCAGAGUCAGCUGUUGUCAGCAGUCCAGACCCCAUCAGAGGAGAGGUAGUAAAGGCUUUUAUUGUCCUGAAUCCUGAUUACAAGUCCCAUGAUCAAGAGCAACUGAAAAAGGAGAUCCAGGAGCACGUGAAGAAGACUACAGCGCCUUACAAAUACCCCAGAAAGGUAGGCGUCCCUGGUACCAGUGAUGUCAGUCCAGUGCUUUGGACAGUUUUCUCCUCAGAUAUACUAUGCGAGAGGUUUCAAACAGAGCUAAUGACAAUAGUUAAUCAAAAACUCCGAGGCUAAACCGAAGCCCCCAACAUAAUUCAGUCAAUUAGCUCAUAAUUUUAAUGUAAAAAACAAAAAGAACAAAACCUAACUUUAUCCUUUCACCUAGAGUUUGAAACAGAGCUCUUGAGUAACCGGCAUGACCUGAAGGAAGUGAACAAGUGCUGGACUAACCUCUUCCUGCCCUUACUACCAACAGGUAGAAUUUAUUGAAGAGCUGCCGAAGACUGUCAGUGGGAAGGUCAAAAGAAAUGAACUGAGGAAAAAGGAAUGGGUAACAACUUGAACUCCUCCCACUAAUCACCUGUGUAGCUAUAAACACAGUGUCUACAAGUCUGCAGGAACCACAGAUUAUGUGGGCAGACUGCUUUGAAACUGGAUUGAAAGUAUUUUGUAGUUAUGACAUCAGAGCCUGAAUUCUGAAAUCAAAUAAUCAUUAUUGAAUCCUUCUGCAUUCAUGUCAAUGCUCCUGUAAUCUGCCAACAUAAAAUGAAUGUCGCCAGAUGCUGAGAUGUCUUAAAAUUUAUUUUAGGAGCAGAUUCUAAACUAAAUCUGUACCCAGGCAUUUUCAAAACAUAACUGAACAAUUCUAAUAUGCUAAUAUACAAAUCAGAACAAAUCUUCAAACUUUGAAAAGAACCCUAUUUUUAAGAAACUGUCAUAAUUCUUAGAAUAUUUACCUAAAACUUUACUAGUCAUAUUUUUAUUCAAGUAAUUUAAAAAUAGUUUGAAAUUUGUUUGAAGGUCAAAGUAUAAGAGAAAGCUGUCACAUUCUGUGGCUAGUUAUUAAAUUUAACCUAAUAAACAUGGUUUGUAAAAA